AUGUCUCUGGCUUCAGUAUCCAAUAUCAAACAAACCCUUAUUUCAAUACAUGACCUCAGGGGCAUAGAGUUUGGCCACACUUUUCCUCGACAUGGCCUGAUGCUGCUCCACUGGCUAGCCAACAACAUUCACACUGACAACAACGGCAACAUGAGACUCAAUUUCAACCCAACUAGGGGAGACUAUGGCUUUAAUUUCUAUGGAAACGCUGACAGACCCCGCCCAUUACCUUUUCUGCCCUCUGAAAGUGGUAGUUACUACUCAUUAGGGAAUAUUGAUGGAAAUUACAACUAUAAUGGCACUACGGCACUUCCUGAUUAUGUCACUCAAAGCUUCUACAACUCAUGGAUACCUGAGAGAAACAGAGACAGAGUCAUUAUCAGAGUUAGGGAGGAAGGAUCCAAUCAGUUAAUUGUAGAUGAGGUCUACAUCACACAGCAUUACCCGCCAAAUGAAAACAGAGGAAGUGUCUAUGAUCCAGACAAUACAUACCCUGUCAGUUUCAGCCUCAAGAUCAACGACAACAGUGUGGAGAACAUCUGGGGACACACACCUGGGCUGGCACUUCUUUUGGCAAUUGCAUUGUACUUGGCACGUCCCAAGGUCUCAUUUAUACAGCAAGUGUUUAUUACCAUGGAAAGCCAGCAUCACAUGCAGGAUGAUGAAACUAAAUUGAUAAAGCUUGAGGUGAAAACCACAAAUAGAGGAGGUGCCAGGAUCACCUUCAGUGGUAUCCCCAGGAGGCUAUUUGACAAGGGUGUGAUUUGGGCACUUUAUAAGAACAAUGACAGUAUGGACAUGCUAGACUUUUCCUCAGUCAUAGGGUGCCUCUGGGUCCUUUGA